GGAGCACAAAUCCAAUCAGGAGUGACUGAGGGAGCUGCGGGUUUUUAGUCUGGAGAAAAGGAGGCUCAGGUGAACCUUAUCAUUCUCUACAAUUGCCUGAAACGUAUCCAGAUGAGGGUUGGCUUCUUCUCUCAGGCAGCCAGUGACAGGGGCAGGAGGACAUGGCCUCAUACUGUGCCAGCAGACAUUUAUGUUGAACGUUAGGAAGAAUUUCUUCAGAGAAAGGUCCUGGACAGUCACCCCUGAUUUUACACAUCAUGCCCACUCUGCCUCGUUGUCAGCAGUAGCAGUGAAUAACAGAUAUGUGGUCACUGGAAGCAGAGAUGAGACAAUCCAAAUCUAUGACAUGAAAAAGAAGAUAGAACAUGGGGCACUGCUACAGCACAAUGGCACAAUAACUUGUUUGGAGUUCUAUGGGACUGCACAUCUACUGAGUGGGGCUGAAGAUGGACUCAUUUGUAUCUGGAACACAAAGAGAUGGGAAUGUCUGAAAUCCAUUAAGGCACAUAAGGGACAUGUGACAUCUCUUUCUAUUCAUCCGUCUGGGAAAUUAGCUUUGUCAGUUGGAACAGAUAAAACAUUAAGAACUUGGAACCUUGUUGAAGGACGAUCAGCCUUCAUCAAAAACCUGAAGCAAAAUGCACACAUAAUUAAAUGGUCCCCUGAUGGUGAGAAGUAUGUGACCGUGAUUACAAACAAAGUAGAUAUCUACAGACUUGACACAGCUUCAAUCAGUGGCACCAUUACAACAGAGAAGAGGAUUUCUUCACUUAGAUUUAUUACAGAUUCUAUCCUUGCCAUAGCUGGAGAUGAUGAAAUUAUUAGGUUCUACAGCUGUGACUCUCAAAAAUGCCUCUGUGAAUUUAAAGCUCAUGAAAACAGAAUAAAAGAUAUUUAUAGUUUUGAAAGAGAAGGACAGCAUGUUAUUGUUACUGCAUCCAGUGACGGUUACAUUAAAAUGUGGAAUCUGGAUCUUGAUAAGGUUAAAGAUGGGCCAUCUUUACUGUGUGAAGUCAAUACCAAAGCUAGGCUGACGUGUCUUGCAGUAUGGCUUGACCAAGCUUCAGAAAUGAAAAAAAACUCUGAUAAAACUGCAACAUCCUCUCAAGAAACAGAAGAUGAAAAAUCAUCAGUAGCCGUGAUAAACAAAGAUUUUUGGACUACUAAAAGGCUUAAAACAGCAAAAAGAAAGAGAAAAAUUAUUCCAGGGAAACAAAAGCUGAAAGCUCCAGUGCGGAAGAAGAAAAAGAAACAGAAUAGCUUGGCAUGAAGGCAACUACUUUCUCUCCUGUAUCUACCUGCAAAUGCUGGUGUUGCCCUAGUUUUUUUAAGAAUGUAAACCCUAAUAUACCUCUGAUCUGAUGUGCUGUUUAAAAGUAAUUCAUGUUCCUACCCUAAUAAACUUACAGAUCAUUCUGGGAACUUUCCCUAAGUGAACAAAGCAAAAAUAAAUUCAUAAUAUGUAAUGUUUAUAUUUUUAAAUUAACAAUACCAUACUCUUUUUAACUGGCUCUGAAAAAGCCAACUAAAAUAAUAAAAACAGUUGCAUUUGUCUCAGUUA